GAACGCAUUCCAUUUUCACAUUUGAUUCCACAUGGACUAUAAAAUAAAGUAAUAAUGGAAUUAAAUCUAUUCCUAAAAAUUUUCGCAACGAUUGUUUUCACUCCCGUGCUUCUGUUUGUUUCAAUCAUUGGAUUUCUGCUGUUCAUUCUUCCUUUACUAACAUACCGGGCGAUUAUAUCAGUGCUUGCAAGAUGUUUCAUGUCGAGGCAAUUACGACAAAUGGUGUCGCCUACGAAUGCCAUUAUGGGAGCAGAAGAUAUAUUCGGCGUCAGCUCAUUUACGUCCUUUGCCGCAAUAGAGUUAUCAAUCCCAUCGCCAGGAGUUGAUUACAUUUCGCAUUGUGUGGAAAAGAAUGGUUUGGAAGUAGUAAAUUCUGCAACAGGUGCUCUUUUAUAUCCUGAAUUGAAAGAAACGGUAAAGUCCUGGAUGGGGUUUUUGUUUUGGACUCCUGCACUAAACUUCAAUAUUCGCAAUCACGUCUACUGCUCUAAAGAUCUUAACCUUAGCCUCCCGAAAUUAAAAACUGAAUCUAACAACGCUCUACAACUAUACAUUUUACAUCUCGUCAGAGAAAAGACUUGGGUACCAUCAAGGCCAUUAUGGGACUUUAUUAUAAUUCCAAACAUCCCCAAGAACCUUUUGAGUCCUGAUACUUCCAGUAAAUGUAAUGAACAACUAGGAUCCAUCCUUCUAUUUAGAAUGCACCACAUUUUAGGCGAUGGAAUUUGUAUUUUCAAAUUUCUGAGUAACAUUUUUGGAUUUUCACAUGUACUGCAAACUGCUGCAAAAUCAAACUUGCAUGCUAAUAAGAACAGCACGUGUCAAGGUAUCUUUCUGCGAAAGCUUAUAUUUUGCCUGAGGAUACCAUACGAUAUUUUGGGUGAAUUAUUGAGAUCCUGUCCUAGUCCGGGGAUUAUUCCGAAAAUGAACGACCGGGAUGGAAAAGGAUCACGCUUGGUAGGAAUUGUUUCAAACGAUAUUCCUGUAUCUAAGAUAAAGCAAGUAAGGCAAUUGCAUCAAGUGGACUUCAGUUCUGUCCUCAUUGCAAUAUUCGCUGGAGGGAGUCGACGUUUCAUAUCUAAAAUUGGAAAUGGUAUCAAAAAUCUUCCACUGGAAGUGGAAAUUAUGUUCCCUUUGCCAAUGCCUGGCCAUCCAUCCUCGCUUACAAACCAUAUUUCACACGGUUUUAUCAGAGUUCCAAUUUCUGAGCCCGACGGAAUGAAAAGACUGCAACUUAUUCACCGGAGAAUUAUGGCUUUACGGAAAUCCACCUUGCCAUGGACCACAUUCUUUCUUUUAGGACUAGUCGGGUCUUUGCCAACGGUGCUUGUAACCUUGUUGAGAAAGUUUGGUGGUCAAUAUGGACCGUCCCUGAUUUUUACGAAUUUAUUGGGACCUGCUGAGCCGGUGAAAAUAGGUCAAUUUUUCGUAUUAGGCUUACGGGUGGGUUCGAAUGCUCCAGUGGAUGCGCCAUCAGGAUACUGUCUUAUGGCGAUUACAUACAAUGGGAAUGCAAGAUUGACAGUGGGAGGAUUGAGUAAUUAUCUGUCUAAUCAAGAAGAUGCUCAAGAAUUUCUUAAAGGUUGCCUCGAAGAACUAGAUGUUUUGGCAAGGGAUGAGUCAGCAAUAGUGUAGUAUCAGUAAUAAUAUAUUUCAGCUAAAAUUAGUACAGUCAAGUUUAUAAAUAUAUGUAAGUAAAUAUAAGUAUGCAUAUAUUUAGACAACGCUAACUACUGUACAAAAAAAUACACAUUAUUGGCAUAUA